UAAGGAAGGCCGUGUGAGGUCACCUGCUCGGCGGUGGUAGUGAUCAACCAGGCAGUGGCAGUGAGUAGUAGUGAGUGACCAGCGCGACAUGAGGACCCUAGCAGAUACCCGCCAGCUCAACUUCCGCCGCAGGAGAGUUUCACUUCCGGAUUGCUUAAGGAGGAGCAUGUCGCAGAUCCAGAGGCCGGAGCCUGUGGAGGCCGUGGAGUGGACUGCCCCUCCACCUUCAAGAAAACGAUCCUUCGCCGAACUUAAUAGCGGAUGUGGUGACGCGAUGCUGUGCUGCCCGAGAGAGGGGCUCAGACUGGCGCUGAACAGGUCGCUGAGCGAGCCGGGCCCGCCGAGCAGCCAGCCCAGCAAGCGGUGCAAGCUGGAGUCGGUGAGUCUGCCUGGCAGCCCGUGCGCCGAGAGUGGAACGCUGCAGCGGGCUCUGGUCAUGAAACGCGUCAGGUCCGUGGAUCCGGACACCCUGGCCAACAGGCUUCAACGCGGUCGUCACAAGGGCGAGAACUUCCUGGUCGUGGACUGUCGGCCCUUCCUGGCGUACAACGUCAACCACAUCAGGGGAUCCAUCAACGUGAACUGUUCGGACCGCUUCAACCGGCGGCGGCUCCAGCAAGGCAAGGCCACCCUGGCCGACCUGGCCACCACGCGCGAGGGCAAGGACCUCCUCAACAAACGGACUUUUAAAGAAGUGGUAGUGUACGACGACUGUACGGACGACGUGGAUCUACUGCCGACCUCGCACCCGCUCUUCCUCAUCCUGACCUCACUGGUGGAGGACAAUCGGGAACCGGCACUGCUGCUCGGAGGCCACAAAGAGUUCCAUCGUCGUCAUAAAGAGUUCUGCGAGGACACUCUCCUCCCCUCCGGAGGUCCCGAGCGGUCGCCGGUCUCACCUUCAGAGUGCACUCCGGACAUCGACUCCCAUCCCGCCUCCAGAGUCCUUCCGUUCCUGUACCUCGGCAAUGCCAGGGACGCAGCAGACCUGGAGACCCUCAGCGCCCACGGCAUCUCUCGAGUACUGAACGUGACCUCUCAGCUGCCAGGAUACCACGAGCACUGUGGCAUCACGUAUCGUCAACUACCCGCCUCCGACUCGGGUCACCAGAACCUCAAGCAGUAUUUCGAAGUGGCCUUCCAGUUUAUUGAAGAGGCGCGCACGAGCGGUGCCAGUGUGCUGAUCCACUGCCAGGCCGGCGUCUCGCGCUCGCCGACCAUCGCCAUCGCCUACAUCAUGCAGCACAGACAGCUGACCAUGGUGGAGGCCUACAAGUUGGUGAAGGCGGCGCGCCCCAUCAUCUCACCCAAUCUCAACUUCAUGGGCCAGCUCCUGGAGUUGGAGCAGGGUCUCCUGGCAGACAAGUCACCCAGCGACUGUAAGCCCUGCCACCAGUGCCGCUGGUCCCACCCCCCGGGCCCAGCCUCGGGCUGCAGUGUCUAGCACCGGCACCACCCAGUAUUAGGCCUACAAGUCGCCGGUCACUCCUUUACCCUUCAAACCAAAAUUAUUCUGAUAUUUGGAUUUUCAUUUUCAUUCACAUUGGAUGUAUAUUUUAUUUUCUAUUUUUAACAGAUCACUGAUCUUAGUAUUUUAUUACUGUACACCCGUACUUUGUUUUAGGUUAAUCAGAUCUCCGUUUUUCUUUUAUAUUGUGCAAUAAGUUGGCGAGUUACAGUUUUAAUUUCGUUUUAAUUGGCCAAAAGACUCUUAAUUUUUAUAUUAUUCUGUGAGUGACCGAGUUUGCAGGAUCGAUUGAUUGAAUCUAGUCGUUUUAAUUUAUUUUGGGAUAUAUAAAGGCUGUGUUAUGUACCAGAUUCUUUUCUAAUAGUUUAUUGUACAGUAAUUGAUGUGUUACUUAGUUGUGUAUAUUACUACUAUAGGAUAGUGAGGUCCAUAACAGGCUUUAUUUUGCUAUAUUAGGUAUUCUUAGGUAAUGUUUUUCAUUUUUCUUUUAAGGCGUAGGAAAGGACAGUCAGUUUUGUUUAUUUGAUUUUGAUUUGCUAAAUAUUAUGUGUAUAUUUUGAAUCUGUUAUUGUUGGAUCCCUAGAAAUAAGUUUCUUACGAGAAAUUACUUUUAGGAAUAAUAUGAGACCAAAAAUAGACUUAACAGCACAAUUUUGUUUAAUGUAGUCUUUAGUUAGAACAAGAAAUUUGUUCAGUAUAAGAAAAUAACCAUUGUACUACAGUACUAGAAAACUGUUUUAAUUAAGGUGACUUCAUUGUGUAGAGUAUUUAAAUCAUUGUUCUGUAUACAGUAAUUAGAAUUUCAGCCAAUCGGCAAUGGAUCAGGAAUAAUGAGUAAUGUGAUGUAGUAGCUUAGCUAGAGAACACAAAAUCACAGACUUUGUUGUCUUCAAAUUGAUGUGCCUUUAAACUCGAUAUCAAAUCUCCAUUUUGUAUUGUUUUGUGUAGUUCAGCCUUUGGUGGCAUUCCUGAAUUUCCUUUCAAUAUUUAGUGGUAUUAAAUUAAUCUUUAUUAAA